AUGGGGAAGAUUAGUGAAUUCAUACAUGGUGACAAGAACCAGGCCCAGCCAGGGGAUGCACCACCUUCAUACGAUGAAAUUGACCAUAAUGUAAACCAAUCUCCAGAUUAUCAAAAUCAAGCUGGCAACCAACAAGUUCCAGAUUAUAAUGAAAGUUCCCAGCAAGGUUAUACACCAAAUGGAUAUCCCGAUGAGAAAAAGCAGCCACAAUCCCUGGGGGACCAAGGACAAUUCCAAGGACAGGGACAAUUCCAAGGACAGGGACAAUUCCAAGGACAGGGACAAUUCCAAGGACAGGGACAAUUCCAAGGACAAGGACCAUCAUAUGAUCCAAUGAAUGAUCCAAACGUCUAUAAAGUACCUCCUCAAAUGGUAAACAUUACCCAGGCCAACCCCCAGCACUUGAAUCCUCAAUAUCAAGAAUAUUUACAGAGAGACCAGGAACGAGUUAAGUAUGGGGAUUUCCCCAAACCCCAUGAUUAUUAUGGAAGACAAGGAGCUCCAUUAAAUCCCAGUAAGAAAGAUGCUCUGAAUAAAACUGGAGGGAAAGCAUUCCCCGGUAAGAGUGGAGUAACUUACCAUGGGGCAGCCAAUCGUUAA